CUCAAAGAAUGGAAGAUAAAGGAGAAGUGAAAUGUAUUAAAUUUUCACUUGGGAACAAGAUUCUAGCUGUACAGAGAACACCAAAGGUUGUGGAUUUCAUUAAUUUCAUUCCUGACCUGCCCCAAACAGAAUACUCUCAAGAAUGCAAGACUAAAAAUGCCAACAUCCUGAGUUUCUGCUGGAUCACUGCUAAUGAGAUAGUAUUUAUUACUGACCAGGGCAUUGAAUUUUAUCAGGUAUUACCUGACAAGCGUAGUUUAAAGCUGCUGAAAAAUCAGAGCAUUAAUGUUAACUGGUGUAUGUACUCACCAGAAACUGCUGUUCUCCUCCUGUCUACCACAGUACAUGGGAAUGUUCUCCAACCAUUUUAUUUCAGGAGUGGAACGAUGUCCAAAAUGCCAAAGUUUGAAAUUGAAUUACCAGCCUCUCCUAAAUCUGCAAACCUCAGCCUUUCUGAUAUUAUAAUGGCCACUAUAUAUGGACAACUUUAUGUACUUUAUCUGAAGCACCAACCAAGAACUCCAAAUAAUCCAGGGGCAGAAGUGAUCUUGUACUAUUUACCCAGGGAAGGUCAGUGUAAGAAAAUGCACAUAUUAAAACUAAAUACCACGGGAAAAUUUGCCUUGAACGUUGUUGAUAACUUGGUUGUGGUGCAUCACCAAAGUUCUCAGACAUCAAUGCUCUUUGAUAUAAAACUGCGAGCAGAAUUUGAUGGAGCUGUCACCAUUCAUCAUCAAGUGCUUCCAGCUUUAUCUAUUCACCCAUGCAAGAUUCCUCGGGCAGGUCCAUCAGCUGUAACAGCACAAAGCCCUGUCUCAUGUGAACUUUAUUCUUCCUCCUGGACUGUGUUUCAACCUGACAUCAUAAUCAAUGCAAGUGAAGGUUACCUGUGGUGUCUCCAGAUAAAGCUGCAGCCCAUUGUCCACAUGCUUCAAGACAAGGGACGGCUAAUGGAUUUCCUCCUACAGAGGAAGGAUUGUAAAAUGGUCAUCUUGUCAGUGUGUUGUCAGAUGUUGAGUGCAGCAGAGCGUGGUAGCCUGCCGGUCAUUGCUAUCAUAUUUGAUAAACUCAAUCAGGUCUACAAGGAAUAUCUAGAAGCUGAGCAGAACUACACCUUGGCUGUGGAGUCAGGAACAAGUCGCAGCAGCGUGACUCAGAAGAGGCCAGUGCGCGCACAGGCUGUCAUUGACCAGUCUGACAUGUACACCCAUGUCCUGUCAGUUUUCACUGAGAAGAAGCAGGAUCUUCCCCACAAGUUUGUUAGUGCAGUGUUGAUGGAAUACAUCCGGUCUCUUAAUCAGUAUCAAAUUACAGUCCAGCAUUACCUGUAUGAAUUGGUUAUAAAAACCCUUGUCCAACACAGCCUAUUCUACAUGCUUCAUCAGUUUCUACAGUACCAUGUGCUUAGUGACUCCAAACCACUGGCCUGCCUACUUCUGUCACUGGAGAGCACUUACCCUCCUGCGCAUCAACUGUCCCUUGACAUGCUGAAGCGACUCUCUACAGCCAACGAUGAGAUUGUGGAAGUCUUACUAUCCAAACAUCAAGUUUUAGGUGCCUUGCGGUUUGUUCGUAGUGUUGGCAGCCAUGAUAAUAUAUCAGCACGCAAGUUCUUGGAUGCAGCUAGGCAGACUGGAGAUGCAAUGCUGUUUUACACCACUUUCAAAUUUUUUGAACAGAGGAAUCAAAGAUUACGAGGAAGCUCACACUUCACACCAGGAGAGCAUUGUGAAGAGCAUGUCACCCACUUCAAAAACCUUUUUGGAGAACAAGCACUUCUGACAUCCACAAUGAUAUGAACUCUGGACACCGAAACUUUAUUAAAUAUGCAUUAUAAAAAGGCCAUAAAAUUAUCCACAAUUUUAGCAUGUAUUAAAAAAGUCACUUCAGUGUCAAGUGGUCAACCAGAAAAAUGCAAUUUGUAGCCUUCGAUUCAUUAAUCUGUUAAGUUACCAAUCCAAUGAACUUGAAAUAAAUAUUUCUGCUAACUUACAAUUUCCUGAGUUCAAAGUAACAAUCUGCAUUAAACUGCAAAUAGUUCAAAAUA